AAAUAUAAGAGGGGCGGCCAUCUUUGUUGCUCUGCCUAGUGUAAAAAUAUUCCAAAACGCCCCCCACUCUCUCCCGUGGCCGAUUUGAAUAUUAAAUAAAAUAUCAAACAUCGGCCGCGAGAAAAUCUCUUGUAUAUUUUAUAUUUUUAUUUUCCCAAACCCCGGCGCCGCUUUUCCGACGGGACGCGAGGAACGGAUCCCGAUGACAGGAGGAGAAUGUCCUCUCCGCUGCGCUGCUGCGAGGAAGACGAGGGCAUGGUGGUUCAUUCCGAGGGAGGAGGUUUCGAUGAAGAAGAAGACGACGACGACGACGGGGACAGAGACGAGGACGCAAGCGACAUAAACUCUCCGGCGGCGCCUCGGGAAACUGCAACAGCCGCCGCCGCCGCCGCCGCGCCAGAAGAAGAGGCAGAGGCGUCAGACAGAGAGGUCCCGUGCAGGAAGAAAGGACGGCCGAAGAAGAAGAAGGACACAAAGAAGAAGGACAAAGAGGGGAAACCUGCAAAAGCAAAGAAACGCAAGAAGAUCGAAAGCAAUGUAGAGAGAGACUCGGACAGAGAGAGAGACUUCGGCGAGAACUCCGACAGUGUCGCCAGCGACUAUGGAUCUGGGGAGAAGAAGAAAAAGAGGAAACAUAAAGAAAGGAAGGAGAAGAAAACCAAGAAGAAGAAAAAAGAUGACGUGGAGCGGGACAGCAGUCAGGAGGAAUCAUCAAAGCCAAUGGAGCAGAAGAACUCGGCCCAGCUGGCAAAGGAGUGGGGUCUGGAGGAUGUUGAUCAUACCUUCACAGAGGAAGACUACAGCGAACUCACCAACUACAAAGCCUUCAGCCAGUUCAUGAGGCCAAUGAUCGCCAAGAAGAACCCUAAGAUCCCCAUGUCCAAGAUGAUGACCAUCCUGGGGGCCAAGUGGAGGGAGUUCAGCUCUAACAAUCCCUUUAAGGGCAACGCCGCCGCCGUCGCUGCGGCUGCUGCAGCUGCUGCCAUCGCCGUCGCCGAGCAGGUCUCUGCAGCGACCGCCUCGCCUGAGCCGCCGCCACAGCCACCACCAAUCAGGAAAGCCAAGACGAAAGAGGGCAAAGGCCCUGGCUACAAAAAGCGCAGUAAAAGCCCUCGAGUCUCAGACAAGAAAAAGGCUCAAGCAAAGGCUAAAAAGAUGGCACCCAUCCGUAUCAAACUGUCGCCCAUCGGUGCCAAGAGGAAGAAGAGCUGCUCCAGCGAUGAUAUAGAGGAGGACGAGUCUGAGCAGGAGGACUCCAGCGUCCACAGCUCCUCGGUUCGCUCGGACAGCUCCGGCCGUGUCAAGAAGAACAAGCGAGGACGUCCUGCCAAGAAGAAGAAGAAAAGUGCCAUUUCAUGCCCAGCUCCAGUCCCUGGGGAGGAGGAGGGCGAGGGCUACGAGACGGAUCAUCAGGACUACUGCGAGGUGUGUCAGCAGGGGGGGGAGAUCAUCCUGUGUGACACGUGUCCCAGAGCUCAUCACCUCGUCUGUCUGGAGCCGGAGCUGGACAAGGCCCCCGAGGGCAAGUGGAGCUGCCCGCACUGCGAAAAAGAAGGAAUCCAGUGGGAAGCGAAGGACGAGGACUUUGAGGACUUUGAGGAGGACAGCGAGGACAGGGUGAUAUCAGACGUCGGAGCCGGGAUUAUGAUCCCCAUCGAGACGGAGGAGGAGGAUGACGACCACAUGGAGUUCUGUCGGGUGUGCAAAGACGGGGGGGAACUGUUGUGCUGCGACACCUGCACCUCGUCGUACCACAUCCACUGUCUCAACCCGCCGCUGCCAGAGAUCCCCAACGGAGAGUGGCUGUGUCCACGGUGCACGUGUCCGCAAAUCAAAGGUCGCGUCCAGAAAAUCCUCCACUGGCGGUGGGGAGAGCCUCCAUCGCCGAUUCCUGUUCCCCCGGCGCCUGACGCCGAGCCGGACGCCCCCCCGCCGCCACCCAUGAAGGGCAGAGCCGAGAGGGAGUUCUUUGUCAAGUUGGUCGGGCAGUCCUACUGGCACUGCACGUGGAUCACCGAGCUCCAGCUGGAGAUCUUCCACUCGGUGAUGUACAGAAACUACCAGAGGAAGACGGACAUGGACGAGCCUCCCAGUCUGGAUUAUGGUUCUGGAGGAGAAGACGAGAACGGAGUGGGAAAGAGCGAAAAGAGGAGGGCUAAGGAUCCUGAGUACGCCAUCAUGGAUGACAAAUACUACAAGUAUGGCAUCAAGCCUGAGUGGAUGAUGAUCCACCGCAUCAUCAACCACAGCUCCCACUGUUUGUCCGUCAGUGUGGACAAGAAGGCGACGUACCACUACCUGGUGAAGUGGAGAGACCUGACCUACGACCAGUGCACCUGGGAGAGAGACGACCUGGAUAUCCCUGAUUUUGCAAUUUACAAGGCCAACUACUGGAGGCACAGAGAUUUAAUAAUGAAGGAGGAUCCAGACAAACCCAGGAAGAUGAGGAGCAGGAACCCAGAGGGUGAAGAGGAUUCCUCUGCUUCACCCGUCACUGACCCUACGAUAAAAUACGAAGAGCAGCCAGACUUCGUCACAUCGACCGGCGGGACGCUGCACCUGUACCAGCUCGAGGGUCUGAACUGGCUUCGGUUUUCUUGGUCCCAGGGCACCGACACCAUCCUGGCAGAUGAGAUGGGCCUCGGCAAAACCAUCCAGACCAUCGUCUUCCUCUACUCACUUUUCAAAGAGGGUCACACCAAGGGCCCGUUCCUGGUCAGCGCUCCGCUCUCCACCAUCAUCAACUGGGAGAGGGAGUUCGAGAUGUGGGCACCCGACUUCUACGUACUGACAUACACGGGAGACAAGGACAGUCGAGCCAUCAUCAGAGAGAACGAGUUCACCUUCGACGACACGGCUGUCAAAGGAGGAAAGAAGACCUUUAAACUGAGGAGGGAUGCUACUAUUAAAUUCCACGUGCUGCUGACGUCCUAUGAGCUGGUGACCAUCGACCAGACGGCUCUCAAGUCCAUCGACUGGGCCUGUCUGGUGGUGGACGAGGCUCACCGGCUCAAGAACAACCAGUCCAAGUUUUUCCGGCGUCUGAACGAUUAUAAGAUCGACCACAAGCUGCUGCUGACGGGAACUCCUCUGCAGAACAACCUGGAGGAGCUGUUCCACCUGCUCAACUUCCUCACGCCCAACCGCUUCAAUAACCUCGAGGGCUUCCUGGAAGAGUUUGCCGACAUUUCCAAGGAGGACCAGAUCAAGAAGCUCCACGACCUCCUGGGGCCUCACAUGCUGCGGAGGCUGAAGGCCGACGUCUUCAAGAACAUGCCCGCCAAGACCGAGCUGAUUGUCAGGGUGGAGCUGAGCCCGAUGCAGAAGAAAUACUACAAGUUGAUUCUGACCAAGAAUUUCGAGGCUCUGAACACGAAGGGAGGAAGCCAGGUGUCACUGCUCAACAUCAUGAUGGACCUCAAGAAGUGCUGCAACCACCCCUACCUCUUCCCUGUGGCCUCCAUGGAAGCUGCGAAAACACCCAGCGGUGCUUACGAGGGGUCGGCCCUCACCAAGGCUUCCGGGAAACUGACGCUGAUGCAGAAAAUGCUGAGGAAUCUGAAAGAGCAGGGGCACCGGGUGCUUGUGUUCUCACAGAUGACUAAAAUGCUGGACUUGUUGGAGGACUUCCUGGACUAUGAGGGUUAUAAGUACGAGAGGAUUGACGGAAGCGUCACGGGAGCUCUGAGACAAGAGGCCAUCGACCGCUUCAACGCUCCUGGUGCUUGUCAGUUUUGUUUCCUGCUCUCAACCAGAGCCGGAGGUCUGGGGAUCAACUUGGCCACAGCUGACACAGUCGUCAUCUUCGACUCGGACUGGAAUCCUCACAACGACAUACAGGCGUUCAGCCGAGCCCACCGAAUCGGGCAGGCCAACAAGGUCAUGAUCUAUCGCUUUGUGACCCGAGCCAGCGUGGAGGAGCGGAUCACCCAGGUGGCCAAGAGGAAAAUGAUGCUGACCCACCUGGUGGUCCGGCCGGGCCUCGGGUCCAAGGCAGGCUCCAUGAGCAAACAGGAACUGGACGACAUCCUCAAGUUUGGAACAGAGGAGCUCUUCAAGGAUCAGAGAGAAGGUAUGAAAAACACCACAGGGGAUAAAGUGGAGGACGAGGGAAACGUCAUCCACUACGACAGCACGGCCAUCGAGAGGCUGCUGGACCGAAGCCAGAACGAAACCGACGACACGGACGUCCAGAACAUGAACGAGUACCUCAGCUCCUUUAAAGUGGCCCAGUACAUGGUGCGAGAGGAGGAUAAGGUGGAGGAGAUCGAGCGGGAGAUCAUCAAGCAGGAGGAGAACGUAGACCCUGAUUAUUGGGAGAAGCUGCUGCGGCACCACUACGAGCAGCAGCAGGAGGACCUCGCCAGCAAACUGGGUAAAGGCAAGAGGAACCGCAAGCCCGUCAACUACAACGACGCAGCCCAGGAGGACCAAGAGUGGCAUGCUGACAUUUCAGAUAACCAGUCCGAGUAUUCAGUGGGCUCCGAGGAGGAGGACGAGGACUUUGACGAUCGACCAGAGGGUCGAAGGCAGUCGCGACGCCAAAUGAGGAAUGAGAAAGAUAAACCUCUGCCUCCUCUCCUGGCCAGAGUUGGAGGCAACCUUGAGGUGCUGGGCUUUAACACACGCCAGCGGAAGGCCUUCCUGAACGCAGUGAUGCGCUGGGGGAUGCCGUCUCAGGACGCCUUUUCCUCCCAGUGGCUGGUGAGAGACCUCAGGGGCAAAUCUGAAAAAGAAUUCAAAGCGUACGUGUCUCUCUUCAUGCGUCACCUGUGCGAGCCGGUGGCUGACGGCGCGGAGACGUUCGCAGACGGCGUCCCGAGGGAGGGCCUGUGUCGCCAGCCGGUCCUCACGCGGAUCGGCGUCAUGUCCCUCGUCAAGAAGAAGAUCCAGGAGUUUGAGCACAUCAACGGACGGUGGAGUCUCCCAGAGCUCAAGCCUGAGGUCAACGUGGACAAGUCCUCCUCCAGGGCCUCCUCUCCCGCAGUGAAGACCACCACGCCCACGCCAGACGCCAGCUACAGCAACACACCGUGCACCUCCACGCCAGCGACCCCUGCUCCUGCAGACAAGCUGGAAAAGAACGGAAAGGAGGGAGAGAAGGAGGAGGACAAAGAGGAGGGUGAGACCCUGCCGGAGAAAGAGAAAGGGAAGGAGAAGGAUGAGGGGAAAGAGGUGGAGGGCAACAAGACUGGAGACCCUGAAGAGCUGUCCUCGACAAAAGAGACACCAGAGAGUGCGUCUCCUUGUCAAAAAGCCGAAAAUAUAGAGGAGCACAACCUGGAAGAGGCGGAGAAGAAAGAAACGACAGACAUUCCAGCUGCCACGACAGAGGAGAAGAAAGCGCAGGAGGAGAGCAAAGAGGAGACGAAGCAAGACACGGAGUUAAAAGAAGAGAAAUCAGAAGGAGAGAAGACGGCGGAGGAAAAGGAAAAAGACAACGAUAAGCGCGAAGAGACGCCCACGACAACGGAAGCGCCAGACACCAAGGAGAAGUCGGAGGUGGCCGACGUGAAGAAAGAGGAGGUCAAAGGUGAAAAAGAUGCCGGAAAAGAAGUCAAAGCGGCGAAGGAGGAACCGCCCAGAGGUAACGGGAGACCUCCUGCUGAGCGACCUCGCUUCAUGUUCAACAUCGCCGACGGCGGAUUUACUGAGCUGCACACUCUCUGGCAGAACGAGGAGCGGGCCGCCAUCUCCUCGGGGAAGAUGAACGAGAUCUGGCACCGCCGACACGACUUCUGGCUGCUGGCGGGAAUUGUGAUUCACGGCUACGCCCGGUGGCAGGACAUCCAGAACGAUCCCCAGUUCGCCAUCGUCAACGAGCCGUUCAAGACGCAGGCCAACAAAGGCAACUUCCUGGAGAUGAAGAACAAGUUCCUGGCUCGACGCUUCAAGCUGCUGGAGCAGGCGCUGGUGAUCGAGGAGCAGCUGCGGCGGGCGGCCUACCUGAACAUGACCCAGGACCCCAGCCAUCCGGCCAUGGCGCUCAACGCUCGCUUUGCGGAGGUGGAGUGCCUGGCGGAGUCGCACCAGCACCUCAGCAAGGAGUCGCUGGGGGGGAACAAGCCCGCCAACGCUGUCCUGCACAAAGUGUUGAACCAGUUGGAGGAGCUGCUGAGCGACAUGAAGGCCGACGUGACCCGGCUGCCGGCCACCUUGUCCAGGGUUCCCCCGAUCGCCGCCCGCCUGCAGAUGUCCGAGCGGACCAUCCUCAGCCGGCUGGCGAGCAAGGGCACAGAGACGCACACGCCCCCGCCCAUACCUCCAGGACCCUACGCCACCCCUCAGAACUACGGAGCCCCCUUCACCCCUGCACCCCCGAGCGCCCUCUACAUGGGAGGGGCCAACUACAGUCAGAUGCCACCAGGAUCCUUCAUAUCAGUGCUGAACGGGCCUCCCAUGCCUGUGAAGAAGGAGCGAGAAGCGGAGCUGCUAGUCAACCGACGGGAGCAGCGCAGCGGAGAGGUCAUCUGCAUCGACGACUAGACUACACACAAACACACACAAACACACUCCCACACACUCACACUCACUGAAACCCAUCUGCUGCAAAUGAAUCUUCAAAUUCUCUCCAAGAAAGUCGAGUCUCGGCGGAACACGCUCCUCAGACGGCACCGGUGAACCAUCCAGUAUUAACACAAACCGACUGACUGAGGGUGAACUUACUGACCCGCUCGUGAUUGUAGUCGCUUCAUUUGACACACUAACACACACUCCUACACACAAACACACACAUACAAGAGUCUUCUAAGACUUAAACUCGCUCCAUGAGUAUCUUAAAUAACCCACACACAGUAAUCAACGCACACGUGCACUUACUGUUCAUACACACACACACACACCUACAGUGCAUACAGUCCAUGUAGACUCAUAAGAUUCUUAUGACCUUCUUUGUCUGCCUCAAACCAUUAUACUCCUCAUAACCGGCCUCCUCACUCUGGCCUCCUCUUCCUCCUCCUCUAGGGAUGCCUCUACCCUCACCUCCACACACACACACACUCUAACACACACACACUCACUCACACACACAACGCACCUCAACCCUGAACCCUUUAGAUCUCUCAGUAGACCAAGUAACCUUCCUCCUGCUCCCCUGCUCCUCGAAACUCUCGACAGGAAGCUGCAUGUGAAACUAAAAACAUUUUCGACCACCACACUCCAUCCCCUGAAGCAUGCUCUAAUCACAAUAACGCUGUCUCGUGGAAAAGGGGGGUGGGGGGGAGAGUAAAAAAAAAGAAAAAUCUGUAUCAAGCUGUGCCUAAAGUCGUUUCAAUACUGUUUCUAAUUCUCAGAAAGAGGCUGAAACUCCUGAUUCCUCAGCGCGAGCGGCUCCAGCGGUUUCUCUUUGGCCUUUUCUUUGUUUCCUGUUUUGCUUUUUGUUUCCCGAUGGUACAUGUUUAGUAUAUAACACACGCAGCGAGGUAUGAUAAUGAUAUCAAUAUAAAAACUAUAUUCAGGACUCGUUCGACCACAUAAGCGCAUUCGCCGCCAUCCCAUCCCGCCCCCCCGCUGGGUUCGAGUUCAUGUUCUGUGAGGUAUUUUUUCGGGGGGUUUGUUCCCAGAUAAAAAAGUUCUCGCCAAGAGCGUUAUGUUGCAGAAACCCCAUGAAUGUUUAUAACCUUUCAUAAACAAGUCAGUGUUAUUAAAUCCUAUCGAUCACCCUCCACACUCCUCCUGACUUCUCCCCUCUCUCAAUUUUUUAUUUCUUGUCCAAGUUUUUAUUUCUUUCUACAAAAAAAAAACCUGUGAUAUACUUUGCAUAUUUAAACAGAUCAUUCGUGUUCUCUUGUGUUUCUACUCUCGCGAGUUAUGAGUAUUUUGUUGUCGUCUCUGUCGCUGUUGUUCUUGCUGUUGCUAUUUGAGAAAGACCUUCUACCAAAAGAGACAUUUUUUUGUAACAAACAAUGGAAAAACGAUCGGGAGCGUGCGACCCGCGAUGCACCUCUCUGCCAUGUUUGUCCUCUAAUUACAGGCGAAUGGAAACGAAGAAGUUGAGCGAACUUCAGAUGUAGAUGCGUAUAUUACAGGAGAACAGAUUUUUCUUGCUUACAUUCUAGAUUUGGGGCUUGCAAAUGACAUAUACAUAUAUAGAGAAUAGGACAUAUGUUACCCUAAAUGCUUCUACGGGCAAAACGAAAGUGUAUCUAACCCCAAUAUUUAAAAAGAAAAACAUGAUGGGUAUUAUCUUGAAAAUUAGAGGCUGGAAAUCCAUUUUAUACACUGCAUCAUUAAAAAGCGCCUUAACAAACACAGCUGAACAAUUGUAAAAUGGAGUGAGAACCUGAUGUCAACCUGUAACAUCCCAGUCAAAGUCGGCUUUACGUUAGAAAUGAAAACAAUUAACUAGGUUAAUUUAUCCCAUAAACCCAGGACCUUUUAUCCUGAUCAGUCCAGGAGUUAGUCAGAGUCCAUUUCCAAUUCUUGUUGCGUACAAACAUUUUUGCAACCCCCAAAAAAUCAAGCACUUAGUUCGUUUUAUUUCCCUCUUCUUUUACUUUGUCCUCUUUCCAGGUUUUUUCGUGUUUUAUUUCUGGGUAUUUUGUGCAACUGUGGAUGUCGUGGUGCCGAUCAGACGAUGAGUGGCAAUGCAAACACGUCAAUGAUGAUGGUUCUCCUUUUGUUUUUUCUUUCUUUAUUUUUGUUUUUAAUAAAACUGAACGAAACUAUUAUAAAGAA